GGGGGGAGGAGAGUGCAGCUCUCUGCUGCUACGUCAGCGUACAUCACAGUACCUUUCUGCUUCCAGUACUCGGGGUGACGUCCCUGCGCUGAAAAUCCCGGUCACCCUAUAACGCUCUGAUCCUCGCAGGAAGGAUUUGGUCUGAGCCGACUCCAUCAGCAGCAGAGCAGGGAGCUGUCCUCGGUGCUGAACUCAUCAGCUCACAAAAAUCCCCAUUGCACACUCAUGUGCCUGGGCUGCUCCUGAUACCUCCGAUUCCCCGCAGUAACUGACCACCACAACACCACCUCUAAACAUCCAAGAUGGAUGAUGACGGUCGCUACAGAGACAGCCGCUCAGAUUUCAUGCGCGGCGCCAAGGACAUUGCAAAAGUUGCUAAGAAGCAGGUUGGCAAGAAGGUGGGGCGUGGCAUGGACAAAAUGACAGAUGAAUACACCAAACGCUCCUAUAAGCGAUUCGAGGAGGAAGAUGAUGACGACGACUACGCCGGCGUGCCCAGCAACGACGGUGGGUAUUAUCGCAACGACAGUCGCGCCAAUGAUGAUGAAGCCCACAGCGACUCCACUGAAGGACAUGAUGAGGAUGAUGAGAUCUAUGAGGGCGAGUACCAGGGCAUCCCGAGAGCUGACUCAGGCAAGGCUGGCAGCAUUGAUGGCGUGACAGCCGCUCAGGCACAGCAGUUCAGGGAUUUUUCAGCCUAUGAGGGCGAGAGGAGAAAAGAUCAGGAGGAGUUGGCACAGCAGUAUGAGACCAUCCUGCAGGAGUGUGGCCAUGGGAAGUUCCAGUGGACACUCUACUUUGUCCUGGGUCUGGCAUUAAUGGCGGACGGCGUGGAGAUCUUUGUGGUUGGCUUCGUGCUUCCCAGUGCUCAAAUAGACAUGUGUCUAUCUGAGCCCAACAAAGGCAUGCUGGGUCUGAUUGUGUACCUGGGGAUGAUGGUCGGGGCUUUUGUGUGGGGCGGCCUGGCCGACCGGAUUGGCCGACGGCAGACCCUUCUCAUCUCCCUCUCCAUCAACAGCGUUGCCUUCUUCUCCUCCUUCGUCCAGGGCUACAGCUCCUUCCUGUUCUGCCGCCUGAUCUCUGGCGUGGGCAUUGGUGGGCUCCAUCCCCCAUUGUCGUUUUCCUAUUACUCCGAGUUCCUGGCCCAGGAGAAGCGAGGAGAGCAUUUGAGCUGGCUCUGCAUGUUCUGGAUGAUCGGUGGCAUCUACGCGUCUGCCAUGGCUUGGGCCAUCAUCCCACACUAUGGGUGGAGUUUCCAGAUGGGCUCCGCCUACCAGUUCCACAGCUGGCGUGUCUUUGUGUUGGUGUGUGCCUUCCCCUCUGUGGCGGCCAUCUCUGCCCUCACCACCAUGCCUGAGAGCCCCCGCUUCUAUCUGGAGAAUGGGAAACACGACGAGGCGUGGAUGAUUCUGAAGCAGGUUCACGACACCAACAUGAGGGCCAAGGGUUACCCGGAGAGGGUCUUCUCUGUGACCACCAUCAAAACAGUGAAUCAGAUGGAUGAGCUGGUGAACCUGGGCGAUGGCGCUGCCUGGCACGAGAAGUGGAGGAUAAAGCACAUGCUCUUCCAUCAGGUUUGGAAUAAUUUCCAGACCAUUUUCUCCCCUGAGUACCGGCGCACCACCUACAUGAUGAUGGCUGUGUGGUUCUCCAUGUCCUUCAGCUACUACGGUUUGACGGUAUGGUUCCCCGACAUGAUCAAGUACCUGCAGAAGCAGGAGUACUCCUCGCGCACCAAGGUUUUUGUCAAGGAGAAGGUACAGCACGUCACCUUCAACUUCACCCUGGAAAACCAGGUUCACCGUCAGGGAGAGUACUUCAAUGACAAGUUCAUGAACCUGAAGAUGAAGUCGAUGGUUUUUGAGGAUUCACUCUUUGAGGAGUGUUACUUUGAGGACAUCACCUCCACCAACACCUUCUUCAAGAACUGUACCUUUAUUACCACGCUUUUCUACAACACGGAUCUCUUCAAGUACAGGUUGAUCAGCUGUAAGCUCAUCAACAGCACUUUCCUGCACAACAAAGAGGGCUGCCUGCUCAGUGACAUAAGUGAUGAAAACAAUGCCUACAUGGUCUACUUCGUCAGUUUCCUGGGUACUUUGGCUGUGUUGCCAGGCAACAUUGUCUCUGCGCUGCUCAUGGACAAGAUCGGGCGGUUGAGGAUGCUCGCGGGCUCCAGCGUGAUCUCCUGCAUCAGCUGUUUCUUCCUUUCUUUCGGCAACAGCGAAUCAGCAAUGAUUGCCCUGCUCUGCCUGUUUGGAGGAAUUAGCAUCGCCUCCUGGAACUCUCUGGAUGUGCUGACCGUCGAGCUCUAUCCCUCUGACAAGAGAACCACGGCAUUUGGCUUCCUCAACGCCCUCUGUAAACUAGCGGCCGUCUUAGGCAUAAGCAUCUUCACCUCGUUCGUUGGCAUCACCAAGGCCGUACCCAUCCUGUUUGCCUCGGGGGCGCUGGCGGCAGGCAGUUUCCUGGCCCUCAAACUACCCGAGACGCGGGGUCAGGUGCUGCAAUAGUGUGGCGCCUACAACUUUCCAGGGGGCAGAAGAGUUUUCGCCACACUGUGAACGAAUAGCUCAAGAGCCCUCCAAGUCCUGCCCUCUAACCCCUCCCCAACUACACUAAAUUGUAAUGCAGGUAAAUAUUAGUAAUUAUUUGAUUGGUACGCCUCCAUUCAGCAAAGAGCUGUGACAGAUCAUUUUAAAACACGAGUAAGCUUUGCUGCUCGUGACGUUACUCUGAAUUGGAGCAGAAGAAAACCUGAGAAACAUAGUUACUGACAUACUGAGAUUCUUGUCUCCCUCAGUGUAAAUACAUCCCUGUGGGGCUGGAGGUCAGGGAUGGGGACUCUUGAGGACGAGCCAUGCAAAUAGACUCAUAGAAAUGACCACUAGCCAUUGUUGCAGAGUCCUCUGUAGUCACCUCCAUUCUUCUGAGCAAAUUCAACUCACCUUUUAAGUCCCGAGAGCUUUGCCAUUGUUGGACACCGACUCAAAAAUGCAACAUUUUCUGCCUUGAUUUGAAGCAUUUUUGACUUUGCGAGGUCAAACCAAGACGCUCCUCUCUUGGCUUCCUCCGUAACAAAGAUCUGUCGUCAUUCUUUCUCUGAGGUCUCGUGUUGGUGUACAGACUAACUGCCAUUUUAUAGAUUAUAGGACAUUCCAGGUUUGCUUUUGUUAUUGUUGCGAUAAGGAGCUGAGUCGAGCUUCUCUCUCCCUUUAUUACAUUGCUAUAACGAAACACCGCUCACCUCCAAACAGCCAUGACGUCACACCUACACAUUUCCCAGGUCAAGGGAAAACCAUGAUACCCAUUUGAAUCACAAAGGUGAGGAUAUUUGUUGAAAUGUACACGUAAAGCACAACCACCUGUCAGUGUGAGUGAGCCCAACAUUUUCCUGACUGGAUGAAAAUGUUCAGAAUCUCACACUCAGUCUUCAUUUUCAGCCACGCUGUAAAUCCCUUUGUGAGAAACGCCUCCUCAGUACUCUCCCUCCCAGGCUUACAGUAUGUUUGUCUCUUGUAUGUUUUGGGGGGUGUUCUGCAUGUCACACAGUAUGUAUGUAACCUUAUGGAAAACUCAGAGUACAACAUCUGCCCAUCAGUUACUCCAAAUUAAACCGCAGCGGUAUUUUGAUAUUUUCUACCCAUAAAAAAAAAAUCAUUUUAAUCUGCUGCAGGGAUCGACCCGAGCACAUGUCACAGAUGGGUUUUCAAAUAUAAAAUUGAUUUAUUUAAUUUGCUCACGUGGAAAAAGCAAGGUAGUGAAAGGUUUUAAGGAGGUUUCCCCACAAGCUACACUUUUAGAUGCAGGCACAGAUUGUGUUCGGUGUGUUAGCUAACCCCAAUAACUUUAUCUGUUUGAACUGAAUGUGUUUAUUAAUGUGAGCGUGCUUCUUAGUGCAAUAUUGAACCUCUGUGCAAUACUGAAUUUUAGUUUAUUUAUUUAUUACGUCUUUCACCAUUUCACAAAUGCGACUCUGGUUUGUGGAUGGAUGUGGAGUAGCUGUCUCGUAUAGAUAAGUGACACGGCACAAAUGCACAGUCCUGGAUAUGAUUUAAAGGACAGCCAAAUCAAAUUUGCAUGUUUUUUUCUGGCCCAUAGUGACAAAUAAAGUGUCAUCUGGUUCUGUUAGAGUCAGGAGAGGGAAAGAUGCUGGCUCAAGAGCACUGCAGGUCAGAGGGAAAAAUCAUCAUGGGCUAAACUGUCCCUUAAUCUGUCUUUUUGCUCUUAAAACAAAAAAAUUACAACAUUAGGAGAGUAAAUAUUUGAGCUGCUGCAGGAAAGGAAAAGGAAGGGUGAUCACAGCAGAGUCUCGGGGCCCGUGCGCUCUUCAGGCCUGUGACAGGAUUAACUGCACUCAGAGGGAUUGUUGUGCUAACGAGAGCAUGAAUUUUGGACAUUGUGUUUGCUGUAUGGUAGCCAGAUACAACAUGAAAUUCAUUAUAGAGAACUCACUGCCAAGGGCUGAUCGUCAUAAAUUCCACACAUAAAACAGAGUGUUGGUGCAAAUUAUUCCACAUUCCCCGAUCAAGAAAACGAUUAUAUGUUCACAGCCACGAUGGAAAAGAAAAGCAAUCAUUGACUUGCCAGAUUAACAAAAAAAAAAAAAAGGUUUUUAUGUCAGACUGCCACUUUUUAGGAUAGCAGCCAUACGUAGACCGUUGAAAACAAGAGACAAAGCAUUGCACUAAGCGAACACUGUCGUGCAGGCGCAGCGCGCCUCGAUUCCUUCAACGCUCAUCUGGAUGCGGCCUUGCUAUUAAGUGAAACUAAAGGGCAGGUUUAGCAAGAGCACAACGACCAAAAUCUACCAAAUAAACAUGAGUGCAAUCAUGAGCCUGAGGUGCUUCGAGGUUCAUGCAACCCUCCACCAGGAAAGUGACCCCCCCCCC